AUAAGUAGUCGUACUACUUCAUUGUGUCUUACUAGUGCAUGCAUUAUUUGAUCUCAACAAUGGCUUCAGCUUCUCCAAAUCCUUCCUGUUCCACCUUGCUUAACAAACCUUUUACAUCUUCUUCCGCCUUUUAUUACCAUAAGCUUCUUUCCAGAACUUCCUUCCCUUUUUCACUUACUCCAACAAUUACUCCGCAUAAAACUAUCUCCAUUAUCUGCUGCAGCGCGGGCGUUUCCAUUACCCCAAAAGGCGUUCCAUUCACUUCCCGAUUCAGGCCUGAUGAGCCACGAAAAGGAUGUGACGUUCUUGUUGAAGCCCUUGAGCGUGAAGGCGUCACCACUCUAUUUGGUUAUCCAGGGGGCACUACUCUGGAAAUUCACCAGGCUCUUACCCGUUGUCCAACCAUACGGAAUAUAUUGCCACGUCAUGAACAAGGCGGCAUUUUCGCCGCUGAAGGUUAUGCACGCGCCACCGGGUUCCCUGGUGUUUGUAUGGCUACCUCUGGCCCCGGCGCUACUAAUCUAAUAAGUGGUCUUGCUGAUGCUAUGCUUGAUAGUAUUCCAAUUGUUGCUAUUACAGGUCAAGUUCCUCGAAAGAUGAUUGGAACAGACGCAUUUCAAGAAAUUCCAAUUGUUGAAGUAACUAGAUCAAUUACCAAACACAAUUAUCUAGUUAUGGACGUUGAAGAUAUUCCUAGGAUUGUGAGAGAGGCGUUUUUCAUAGUGAGAUCAGGCCGACCUGGACCGGUUUUAAUUGAUGUUCCUAAAGAUGUUCAACAACAAAUGGUGGUUCCUAAUUGGGAUCAACCAAUGAAGUUGCCAGGUUAUAUGUCCAGGCUCCCUCAGCCGCCAAAAAAGAUGCUCUUGGACAAAAUUGUUAGACUAAUUUCCGAGUCAAAGAAGCCAGUUCUGUAUGUUGGUGGUGGGUGCGUACAGUCUAGCAAGGAGUUACGGCAUUUUGUUGAGCUCACAGGUAUUCCAGUGGCGAGUACUUUGAUGGGUCUCGGAGCAUUUCCAGCAGGAGAUGAGCUUUCCCUUCAAAUGCUAGGGAUGCAUGGUACUGUUUAUUCAAAUUAUGCGGUGGAUAGUAGUGAUUUGCUACUAGCAUUUGGAGUGAGAUUUGAUGACCGUGUCACUGGUAAAUUAGAAACUUUUGCAAGUAGAGCAAAAAUUGUUCACAUUGAUAUUGACUCAAAGGAGAUUGGAAAGAACAAACAGCCUCACGUAUCCAUUUGUACAGACAUUAAGUUGGCAUUACAAGGGUUGAAUUCAAUAUUGGAUCAGAAAAAGGCAGCAAUGAAGCUGGAUUUCUCUCCCUGGAGAAAAGAGUUAACAGAGCAAAAAUUGAAGUACCCUUUGAAGUAUAAUUUUUUUGGUAGAGCCAUUCCUCCACAGUAUGCAAUUGAAGUCCUUGAUGAGUUAACUAAUGGAAAUGCCAUCAUAACUAGUGGUGUAGGCCAACACCAGAUGUGGUCUGCUCAAUAUUAUAAGUACAAAAAUCCAAUGCAGUUGUUGACAUCUAGUGGAUUCGGUGCAAUGGGAUUUGGAUUGCCUGCUGCAGUUGGAGCAGCUCUUGCAAGACCAGAUGCAAUUGUUGUGGACAUUGAUGGAGAUGGCAGUUUCAUGAUGAAUGUGCAAGAGUUAGCAACAAUUAGAGUGGAAAAUCUUCCUAUUAAGAUGAUGAUUAUAAAUAAUCAACACUUAGGAAUGGCGAUCCAAUGGGAGGAUAGGUUCUAUAAGGCAAAUAGAGCAGACUCUUAUCUUGGAAAUCCUUCUAACAAGUCAAAGAUUUUUCCUAACAUGUUGAAAUUGGCGGAGGCUUGUGAUAUACCUGCUGCUCGAGUCACACACAAGGAUGAUGUUAGAGUUUCUAUACAAAAGAUGUUAGACACUCCUGGACCUUAUUUAUUGGAUGUUAUUGUGCCUCACCAAGAACAUGUUUUACCUAUGAUUCCUAAUUGGGGUGAGUUCAAGGAUGUCAUCACAGAGGGUGAUGGAAGAUCUUCCUAUUGAUUACUUGCCAUCGAAAUUCAGAUUUGAUAAUAGAAGGAUCAAAUUGUAUUCGAUCAAAUUGAGCGGAGGCUCAAUGAAAUUAAUGGCAUCAAGCCAAAUCUUAAUAAGAAGUUCCAAGUGUAUUCAAUAAAAUUAGCUUCUACGUGUAUGUAUCUCGUUCGCACCGCAUGUACAUUUUGUGCGCUCUCAUGUGCAUCUUAUGCGCCACAUGUGUUUCUUGUGCAUUUGCACAUGUAUCUCGUGCGUUGCGUUGCACGUGCAUCCCAUAUUAAUUAUUAGUAAAAAAAAGUUUAAUUCACAUAUAAAAUAUUGUUAAACAUGUGUAUGAGUUAUACAUCUAAAAUAAAGAAAAUUAAUGGAAGCUCAAAAUAACGAAA